UUUAAGUGAAGUCAAAAGUGAGCUCUGUUGCAAAAAAUGGCACGUCAAAUCUUUGUGUUGGUUUCUGUGUUAUCAGUCGUUGCUUUUACAUUGGCUCAAGAGCCACAAGUGCAAUUGCAACCACAGCCACAAGUUGUUCGUGAAUCGAAUAACAAUGAUGGCUCUGGAAAUUACUUAUUCACCUAUGAGUUGGAUAAUGGUCAGAUCUUUUCUGAAGCUGGAGAGCUGAGAACAAUUGGGGACCAACAGGCAGUAGUUAAGAGUGGUGCUUAUUCAUUUGUUGGAGCUGAUGGAAUAACAUAUUGGGUGACUUAUACAGCGGAUGAAAACGGAUUCCAUCCAAUUAUCGGAACUGGCCCUGGUGGAAUUCAACCAGGAGCAGAUGCACAAAUCGCUCCGAACACACUUAAAUCGCUAGUUGGAUAGACAACGAUCUCUUAAGGAAUCAGACAACAAAUCUGAAAAGUUUUUUUUCUGCAAACUGAUACAUUCCACAGUUCUAUCAAGUGAUGAAACAUACAAUUUGUGUGA